AUGGGAAAAUUAAAAGACGAAAUAACAUCAACUUCUGGAUCGCCAGUCAAAGGUCAUCAAUCUACAAGCCAAGCUGAGUCACUUCAAAAAGCAAAAAAGAGGAAACACGAAGAAGAAUCUUGCCAGAACAACGGCGAUCAUAAAGAUGAAAGUAUUGUUCUCGAAACUCCUCAUGCAUCAUUUUCUGAAGUUACUACUGCAAGGAUAGAUUCUGUUGAAAAUACGUCUCACCAAAAGAAAAAGAAGAAAAAGAAACGAAUUUUGGACGAUUCAAUGACUGAUGGUGGCGAUGCUAGUUUUGUUGGAGCUUCUACUAAUAACAACAAUUUAAUCCCUUCUACAAGUCAAAUAAAGGAACCAAAAGCGGCCGACUAUUCACAUUCUGAAGAAGAUGAAGUUGAUUUGGAAAAAAUGCAUGAACGUGAUGGUUCUAUAACUUCAAAUACUCCGGCAGUUAAUGUUAUGCCGAAGGAUAUGUAUAGCUUUUGCAAGGUUAUUUUUAAUAAUUAA